AAACAGAAACUAAUUUUACUACUCAACGCCGUAUAGUCGCACAAUUACAGUUCAUUCGCUAUUAUAAGACCAUAAAUUUCGCGGGCAUAUACAUUGUGCGGUUAUCACUGACGUAAUUAAUACGUGAGAAGCAAAUUAGUUUGAGUGGAAGUGGUUUUUUUCGGUUCGUACCUGUUACAAAAGGGAUAUUGUAUGAGUCAAAAAAUAGAAAAGCCAGUGUUGUCAGGUCAACGCAUCAAGACCAGAAAAAGAGAUGAAAAAGAAAAAUAUGAUCCAACUGGAUUUCGUGACGCUGUCAUCUCUGGUCUCGAUAAAGCCGACAACGACUUAGAGGCGAUUUCAAAGUACUUGGAUACUGCUGGCUCUAAACUUGAUUAUCGUCGUUACGGUGAAGUUCUCUUUGAUAUUCUGAUUGCUGGUGGUCUCCUCAUUCCAGGCGGUACAAUCGCUCAAGAUGGUGACAAGCUCGUCAAAACCACAGCCUGUGUCUUUGGCCAGUCUGCGGAGAUGGAGUCCAUGCGCAAUUUUGAGCAGGUCUUCAUCAAACUCACGCGGAGAUACAAAUACCUGGAGAAGAUGUUUGAAGAAGAAAUGAAAAAAGUUUUAGUAUUCAUGAAAGGGUUCAGCAUAGAGGAGAGAAUUAAACUGGCAAGAAUGACUGCCCUCUGGAUUUCCAAUGGAGCUGUACCACCAACGGUGCUUUCUGUUUUAAUCAACGAACAUCUCGUAAAGGACAACCUUGCUCUGGACUUUCUUAUUGAAGUGUGUGUGACAUGGAAGAACGAAAAAGGCUUGCCCAGUUUGAUGACGGCAUUGAAAAAGGGAGGUAUUGAAGGAAGGUUAAUGGAGUUUGUUCCACCAAACAAAAGGACAGAUGAAUACUUUAGGUCCGUUUUCGAAACUGUUGAGCUAGCUGACAUUGUAAAACUCCAUAAGGCUCAAGCCAGCCAAGAAGCCAAACGAGACCUUCAAACAUUACUUUUAGAUGACUUGUCUGACAAUAAACCCAUAAAAGACAUUGUCAAUGAUCUCAAAGAAAUGGCUCAACGGCACACAAUUCCUGAACAUGACGUUAUUGGACUGAUUUGGAGUACAGUAAUGGGACAAGCUGAAUGGAACAAAAAGGAGGAAUUGGUUGCCGAACAAGCACUGAAACAUUUGAAGAGUUACUCACAAUUGUUUGCCGCUUUCACUACCACUGCCAAGUCUGAGCUUGCUUUGCUACUUAAAGUUCAAGAGUUCUGCUACGAGAAUAUGAACUUUAUGAAAGUCUUCCAAAAAAUUGUUCUACUAUUUUACAAAACCGAUGUAAUAUCAGAAGAAGUGAUUCUAAGGUGGUACAAGGACGGGCAUUCAGUUAAAGGAAAAAUGCUCUUUUUGGACCAAAUGAAGAAGUUUGUCGAGUGGUUACAAAAUGCUGAAGAGGAGUCUGAAUCAGCAGAAGAGGACGACUAAACGAAUUCAAAGUAUUGACAAUUUUACUGUUUACUCAAAAACGUACCCUUUUUUUUUCUUUUUCUUUUUUUUUU